CACAACUGUCAUCACCUCAUAAAGUUGUUAGGCUAUAUGUUAGCAAACAAUCAACUAGUCAGCAGUUAUAGAAAAUAUUAUCAUUCAUUUGGAGUCAUGUUUCUGGCUACGUGAUGGAUGACAAUCCAAUAUUCACUCUCCUUUUAGCUCUGGUUUGGUCUAACUCCUAAGGAAAAUAAUGUGGCAGCUACUAAAUGUUCCACCAAACAGUUAGCUAGUUACUAUUUCUAGCUCUUUUUAGUGGGCAUGUAGCAUGCUGUGUGCUUUGGGAGCCCUUUUCUGUGGUAGUGAGAAUGAACCAAAAUGUACCAAAACAAUGAGCUGAAAGAUGCUACAACGCUCUGUAGAGCAGAAGCGAACUGCAAAGUCAGGUGAUAAUUCUUAUGGGUUUGAUUAAACAUUAAAAUCCAUUUGGUUAACAGCAGGUCACCUAUUUCAGAAAUAAAAGCAUAUUUUUGCAUUAUCAUGUAAAUUUCCGGUGGGUUGGUGGCGUAGGGAACAUUUUCCAAGAGAAACAGGGCAGGCCACCUGUUUUGAAUAUAUGGGGUGUGUUGCUUUAAAAGGCACAAUAUAAGAAAGAAGAGAAGACUGCCCCCAAAGAGAUCAUCUGCGACUCUUCUCCGUCACAGAAAACACAGACCAUGGAGAGGGGAAUGUUUGGCAUAUUGGUACUCUCAGCUCUGUGCGAGUUCACAUCCUGUCUUCAUCAUCGUCAGUACCACUUCAUCAACGAGUCCAAAACUUGGCCUGAAGCCCAGCAAUACUGUAGAGAGAAACACACCGAUUUUGCCACUGUCAACGACGAGCACGACCUGGAGGAACUAGCUGGUCUGAUUGACUCUGAAGUUCCACAUGUAUUCUUGGGUUUGUACAGAAGUUGGGGGUGGUCAAUGUCAGACGCUGACGACUACAAAGAGGGAGAAGUGGCCUACUGGAAGUGGGCAAAUGGUCAACCCAAAACACAUUACUGUGGUAGCAUAGGAUCGACUGGAGACUGGUUUGCUACAGACUGCAAUAGCAAUUUGAACUUCUUCUGCUACAACGGUAAGAAUGAUGCACUUUAUAUUUGAUGCACUUUAUAUUUUUUAAUGGUGAUAGGAUGCU